AUGUUUUCACUACUGCGCAGAGCCAUGCGGCCGCUUUCUUCAAACUGCCACAUGCUACCCAAGAGAACCCUUCGCCUCGUGCCGGACUUGUCAAAAUACAAAUUGAUAGAGCAACCGCCGGGAUUCAUCGUCGAUACCGUCAAUGAGGCCUAUAAACCACCGAGGCCCAACGCAUACGAAGGCGCAUACCACUGGACCUACGACCGGUUGAUAGCAAUAACAAUGGUUCCCUUGGUGAUGACUCCCUUUGUCGCGGGCGUCGAGUUCCCCGUGGUGGAUGCUGUUUUUUCGACCCUCACCCUCCUCCAUUGCCACGCUGGGUUCAAGAGCUGUAUAAUUGACUAUAUCCCCAAGCGAGUCUACGGCGUUUGGUACCGUAUGGCUACCAGAUUGUUGACGUUUGGUACCGCUGUUGCCAUGUACGGCAUCUACGUCUUGGAGACCUCGAGUAAUGGAUUGUUUGAUUUGGUCAAGAGCAUAUGGGCUGCCUGA